AUGGCAUCCCGCGGCUCAGGCAUUUCGCCCCCCAACGAAAGCUUCUUAAGCCGCAAGAAGAAAGAAAUCGUAGAUAGAUCUAUGGCUAUCUUCGAGCAAUCCCUGGAACGAUGUCUUAACAACUCAGUCUCUACGCCGCGCCGGACGAAGCGGCAGCGGGAUGAUGAGGACACAACACCCGAGCACCGCACUUCCGAGACCGGUCCCAGGACCAAGAGGAAGCGUGCGGCGCCUGAACCUAACGGCUUGAGACUCGCCUGCCCGUUCUACAAGCAUGACCCGGCCAAGUACAAGAACCACAAUACGUGCUCUGGCCACUGCUGGAAAACCGUCCACCGCCUCAAGGAGCAUAUAUACCGCAACCAUGUCUUGAAGAAUUGCUGUCCUCGAUGUUUGGAGCAUUUUGACGGGUCAGAGGCCCUCAAAGAUCACCAGCGGGCGAAGGUGCCGUGCGAGUUGAAGCAGGCGUCGGUAGACACAAUCACCGACGAACAGGAGAAAAAACUUCACACCAGGGCCAAGCCGAACGUUCCAGAAGAGGAGAAAUGGCGCGAGAUGUACCAGAUCAUCUUUCCGGGCGAGGAAGUCCCGUCUCCAUACCACGAGCUGGCUGCUGAACCCUCUAAGGCCGGCAUCAGCCGUUUCUCGAGCCCGGAUGAAGUCAAGGAGCUUCUGCGCACCAAACUGCCUCCCCUGGUCAGACGCGCCUUGGAGAAGGAGGUCGACCGUCUGUUUGAAGACCUUCAGGAGAAGGUGAACCAGAAGACGGUCGAGAUUAUCCGAGACGUGGAGCUGCAGAUGCUUCGGACGAUCCAGUUUGGAGAGGAGCAAUCCGUCGCUCCUGCUGCCGCC